AUGGAACAAUGCGUUGUUCAUAGGGACAUAAAAGUCGAGCAACGUGAUGCUGGACUCAAAUUGCAAUGCUAUAAUUUGGCGGCUUUGUGGAUUUAUUGGUCUUCCAUCUUCAUUCUUCCUGCGAAAACUAUGAAGGAAAUUGAAAGUCUUCUUAGUUCUUUUCUUUGGAAAGGAUUGGAGUUGAAAUCCUCGGGAGCUAAGGUUGCUUGGGCUGCUGUCUGUGUUCCUAAAAAGGAAGGAGGUUUGGGUUUCAAGAGGCUCAUUGAAUGGAACAAGGCUUCAAUAUUAAGACACUUGUGGGCUAUUUACAAAAAGGAGGAUAUCCCAUGGCUGGAUAAUUGGCAUUCCCUUGGCCCUUUGUAUCUUAAGUUUGUAUCCCUUAAUGUGAAAGUGAGCUCUAUAGCUCAUAAUGGGAGAUGGAGGUGGCCUAGUAGCAGGAAUGUUGUGGUUAAAGAAAUCAUGGAGAAUAUUGCUCCUGAUUUGGUUCCUCAUGAAGAUAUAGUAGAUUUAGUUAUUUGGACUUUGUCUACUGCUCGUACCUAUUCUAAUAAGUCAGCUUGGGAAGCCCUACGUUCCAAAGCCCCUGAUGUUGGUUGGUGGCCCAUGGUUUGGUAUAAAAAACAUGUCCCAAGGUGGUCCUUUAUUUUAUGGCUAGCUAUUCUUGGGAGACUCUCUACCAAGGAUAGGUUGCAUAAUUGGGGGAUUAUAAAUGAUAGUUAUUGUGUGCUGUGCCGUAGCGGAGUGGAAUCACAUUCCCACUUGUUUUCGAUUGCCCUUUCGAUCUCUUCUUCUGUUUGGUUACGGGUCAGAACUUGUUGUGGCCUUCCAGCCCAUGCUUGGGAUCUUAAUUCUGAAGCUCAGUGGGGUUCUUUAUAUGGCAAGGGAGGUUCUAUGAGGGUCACCCUGUUUAAACCAUGUCUAGCAGCUUCUGUUUACUAUCUUUGGAAGGAAUGGAAUGGUCGGAUUUGUCUUCAAGUGGGUCAUAAAUCUAUUGGAGUUGAGAAGUUAAUUCUGGAUGAGGUUAAGAGUUGUGCUAGUUCCUGGAAACAUGAGCUCUAA